CGACAUUGCCCCAACAGUGAACACGCCGCAGCAGACCUGUGGAUAUACUUCAGAUUUAAGAAUACAAUUUAGGAAUUAGCACAAUGGCCUUCAGUCUCACGGGGCUGGUUUCCGGAACUCUGUUGACCAUCGCAUUGGUUCUGGUGCUGUACUGGUGGUGCUCUGUUCUCAAGAAACGUCAGUCGCAGAUACACGAUGGUACUAUUCUGGUUGUUGCUAGCGAGGCGAAUCCUCAGCACGUGGAGCACCAGACUCAACCGUACUACAUAGGGGCACCGCCACCAUAUUCAGACCACUCUCAAUACAACCAUCAUUAUAAUUCACAAAAUGCUCCGCCUCCGCCAUAUUCGUUGGCAGUAACAAUGCAGACUCAAACACCGGCCUACAGCGUACAUCCUUCUACCAUCGCAAGAUAACGACACCGAACCUACAUGCAUAUUCUAUAAUAAAUAUUUGAACAUAUAUCGUAUUCUGUGACACAACUCAAAACUGAAGAUUUCUGUCUUCUGGGAUGUGACCCCAUGUAUUCUGACGUUUCGGAGGAACAUGUCAUCUUCUUAUCUUCAGAACAAAACAAAAUAACAUGUUCCUUCCAAAAUUCGUGUCUAACAGACUACACGGCGUAACAGCAUACUGCUCCGAAACGUCGGCAAAUAUCUAUAUGGCUUCAAAUCCCGGAAGACAAUAAUAUGCUUAGCUACCCGGCGUGAGAGCUUCAAAUCUCACAAGCAGUAUCUGUUACUCUUUUUUUUUUUGCAUAGAGACAUGUAAAUAUUAUCUUAAAAGAAGUAACACUGAAGAUACAUUUGUGACUAUGCGCCGUGAUUAUCGAAUUUCUGCU